UUCAUGUUGCUACGUUCGUUACCUUCCCAGCGUUUGACGGGGCUGGAAAGUCCCUUUCAAAUGGUCUUCAGUCUGAAAAUGAGAAUACGUUUUUAGAGCAUUAAUAACUAUUAUGUGUUUAGCAUUAUUACGUUCAACCUACACAUAGGCGUUGUGAGAGUUCUAGCUAGCAAACAACCGCUAUAUCACUUCAGUUUGAGGGUGUACAUUGGCUAGGUGGCCAGCCAGGCUCUUUGUGUGGGGAUGUUUUGUUUUUGUUGAGCAUCACAGCUCUCGUGGCUUGUUAGAUAAUUUGCAAUGUGUUGAAGGCCAUAAGAUUGAUAGCAUACGGUGCGAAUUUUGACUGAAAGGUUAGAGAAAGUGACCUGUGGACGUUGCAAAGCAAGAUAUAAGGAGUUUGACGUCGAGGAGAUGGGGAAUUGUCUAAAAUCUCCAACCUCGGAUGAUAUUUCCUUGCUUCAUGAAUCACAAUCGGAUAGAGCUAGUUAUGGUGAUGGGGCAGAUCCAGAUCAGGAARCACCGCCACCAUACCAGGAGCAGCCCUAUGUGCCAGUGUACCACCCCACGCCCAGUCAGGCCCGCCUGGCCAGCCAUCUAACAGAGGAGGAGCAGGUCCGCAUUGCCCAACGCAUCGGCCUCAUACACCACCUCCCCAAGGGAGUGUACGACGCUAGCAGGGACGGCUCCGAGAAGAGAAUCAGAGAGUGUGUGAUUUGUAUGAUGGACUUUGUGUAUGGAGACCCCAUCCGGUUCCUGCCCUGCAUGCACAUCUACCACAUGGACUGUAUAGAUGACUGGCUGAUGCGCUCCUUCACCUGCCCCUCCUGCAUGGAGCCAGUGGAUGCUGCGCUGCUCUCCUCCUACGAGACCAACUGAGACACAACAGCACCACCGCUACCACCCCUGCACACUGUUUUGACUUACUCCCGCAUUCCACCUAUGCGGCCCCCUCCAGCAUCCUCAUGACCCACAGACAGCACCUCCAACAACGGGGAGGGUCACAGCCUCUGGGAGCAGUUGAGGGCUGUGUGGUGGUGUUGAAGGGUGCUGUGGAGGCGAUGGAUGGCUAACACAGAGAGGGGGCCUCUACCUUCUGGCCUGGCCUGCUGGACAGGAAAGCCCAGGCUGGGGGAGGACUGUGGAUACUGGUGAUCAAAACUGCCUCUUACUGUCAUAUAUCACCCUCUGUCCACAGCCAGAAUUCUCCUCUCUCUCACUACCACACCGUUGUCGUAAACGGCCACGCUAGAAGGGAGGGGAAGGAAAGAAAUGCGUUAAAACUCUAGAAAUACAGAUAUAUGCAAAGAUCUCUUGCAAGGAGGUGAUUCACUGGCUUUCCUCUCCUUAACAUUGUGUUCAAGUCAGAACCUCUGUUCUACCAGUCAUCUUAAGGGCUCAUUGGAUUCGUUUUACUAAUACAGAGGAGCAAACUAUUAAUGCACAUGUACACAAAUCAGAAGAACUUCUACUUAUUUUCUAGCCUCAGUGGAAGAGUUCAGCAUAUGCUUACAAAAUAUUUGAAUAGAAACACUUAAUUUUCUCAUAUUCAGUAUCCGCAACAUGAUUGUUUCAACACAAUGGUAAGCUUUGUUUUCCUGAUGUUGACACUGUAUCCUUAAUUGGUGAGUUUCUUAGACUAAUGAUCAGUCAAAAACUGAUCAUAUUGGAAGCAGAGGUUUGUUGGUCUGCUAGAGGUUGGUCACAAUGUGUUUUUGAUCAAAGUACUCUUGUUUAGCACAGUCUUUCUAGACUGCACACCACGUUUCAUACCAGAGAUAUUCAACCUUCAAUUCACUCCAUUCAGAACAAGUGUCUUAGUCAUAUUACCAAGACCAUAUGAUUUAUCAUAAUUAGGCCCCUGUGUUUUGGUUAAUCAUGUCACAUGACCUGGAUUUUAACUUUUACUUUUUUUGCCUUUUCCAGAAAUUAGAAUUUAGAUUAAAAAUGAAAGCAAUUGUCUAAGGAUGGAGCUGGUACAUCUGACAUAAAAAGUUUGAUGAAAAAGCUUUAAAUAAUGGUUGAAAUCCAGGUCAUGUGACAUGAUUAACCAAAACACAGGGCCCUAGUUCAUAAUGCAUACACACAAGUCAUUCAGUUAAUUUCAAUGAAUUAAGUCACAUGCCCUAGUGUUUAUUUAUUAGUUCAACAUAUGAAUCAUCACGUUGUUGUGCAAGAGGUUUGGAAAUGAGUGUGCUAACCACCCCAAAUCCUUAGAUUUUUGUGUUCGUCUGCAUCUGUCUGAGCACGUGUGUUUCUUCAUCCUACUUGUAAAUAAUGUUGUUUUUCCAAGACUUUCCUGAUUUUCAUACUUAAAUAUUGAAAAAAUUCCUAAUGUAUUAUAAUAACAUACUGGGAAAACAAACUAUUCAAUCAGCACAGUUCGCUGUAACCAAUAGUUAAUAAAUAAUGGGUGUGGUUUUGGUCAUGUUAUGUUGCUGUAUUUUGACUGGCUCCAAUUAAAUGUAAAUGUUUAUUUCAAUUUUAUUUUAAAUGGGGGCAAGGUAUCUUUCAUGUUAAGUGAUCAUUUUGCGACAUUUAAUAAAAGUAUUUUAGAUGUA